AAUGAGGUUAGUUGAGAAAUUUUGUAGUAUAUUUUCUAUAAAGAAAAUUGAAUUCUCUCUGUAUGUUUAUAAGCUACACCCGUGUCACAACCCAACUAGAAUUUUCUCAUCUUCCCCUUCAAUAAUGGACGUCACAGGCCUUCUCCUCCUUCUUUUCUCCCUCAUCUUCCUCCGUUUCUGGUGGCGACGAUGGUCGGUCACCGGCGGAGGACCCAAGAAUCUCCCGCCGGGACCUCCAGGGUGGCCUCUAGUGGGUAACUUGGGCCAGGUGAUCCUCGGGGGACGUCAUUUUGUGUUUGUGGUGCGUGAUCUGCGUGCAAAGUACGGCCCAAUAUUCACCAUGAAAAUGGGCCAACGCAAUCUUGUUAUCGUCACCAGCUCUGAUCUGCUCCACGAGGCCCUAAUCCAAAGAGGCCCAACAUUCGCGAGCCGACCCGCUGACUCCCCGAUCCGGAAUUUGUUCAGUGUUGGAAAGUGCGCCAUCAACUCGGGUCUCUACGGACCUCUGUGGAGAACACUGCGUAGGAACUUCGUCAGUGAGUUGAUUAACCCUGUCAGAAUCAAGCAAUGUGGGUGGAUUCGAAAUUGGGCCAUGGAGAAUCUCUUGAAGUGGCUCCAGAAAGAAGCGGAUGAAAACGGCGUCGUUGAAGUGAUGAGGAACUGUAGACGGACCAUCUGCGGUAUUUUGGUGUGUAUUUGUUUUGGAAUCAAGAUGUCAGAGGAAGAAAUCAAGAAAAUUGAGAAUGUGACGACGGAGGUUAUGUUAAUGACGACGCCGAAGCUCCCGGAUUUCUUCCCUGUUCUUGCGCCAUUGUUUCGGCGACAUAUGAAGGAAGCGAAGGCGUUACGAAGGAGACAAAUGGAGUGCUUGGUUCCACUGGUGAAGAAUCGAAGAGCCUUUGUGGAGGGUAAUGGAGUUCCUAGCCUGGACAUGGCUAGCCCGAUUGGUGCUGCCUAUAUUGAUUCUCUGUUUGGGCUAGAGGCACCGGGUCGGACGUGUUUGGGAGAUGAAGAACUAGUGACACUGGUGACGGAAUUGAUUAUCGCCGGAACUGACACGAGUGCGACGGUUGUGGAAUGGGCUUUGUAUGAACUGGUUCAAAAUCAAGAUAUUCAACAAAAAUUGUACGACGAAAUUGUCGAUUUUGUUGGCAAAGAUGGAGAGAUUAACGAAGAUGACAUCGAGAAAAUGACGUAUCUCGGGACGGUUGUUAAAGAGACCUUACGGCGACACCCGCCAGGACAUUUCGUGUUAUCUCACGCGCCGACGAAGGAGACUGAGCUCGGUGGGUAUACAAUUCCGGCGGAUGCGAAUGUGGAGUUUUACACAGCUUGGGUGGCUGAGGAUCCGAAUGUUUGGAAGGAUCCGGGUGUGUUCCGACCCGAUAGGUUCUUGGAUGGCGAUGGUGUUGACGUGGACAUGACAGGGACACGUGGAGUGAAGAUGCUGCCAUUUGGUGCCGGACGGCGCAGUUGUCCGGGUAUGGUUCUUGGUGUCUUGCACGUUAAUAUGUUGCUUGCGAGAUUGGUCCAUGCUUUUAAGUGGGUGCCCGCACCGAAUAAUCCACCCGACCCGACAGAGACCUUUCAAUUUACUGUUGUGAUGAAGAAUCCUCUGAAAGCAGUUAUUUUACCUCGGUAAUAAGUGAAUUGACCGAGACCUUUGGUUGUUUUUUACUCUUUGUUUUCUUUAAUCAAGCAAUUGUUGUGGGCGAGAAAGUUUAAUGUAUGCAAUAAAAGAAGUUGAUUAGUUAUA